GUCAUGGCGGCCGUGCGAUCGGGGUGGAGUACUGUCGCUGGUGAAAUCGUCGCGAGACGCGAUUAUCGUCGGGCGGGGAUGCAGCGAGGCCGCCGCGGCUAUGGCGGCCACUAAACACGCGCUGCCAUGGGCUCGGCCAUGGGCAAGGGCGCCGCCUCGCUGCUGGACAGCCUGCCGCCCAACCAGUCGCUUCACGUCGUGAUGCUGGGCCUCGACUCCGCGGGCAAGACCACCGCUCUGUACAGGCUCAAGUUCGACCAGUAUCUCAACACGGUGCCCACGAUAGGAUUCAACUGCGAGAAGAUCAAAGGAACCUCGGGACGCGCCAAGGGCACCAGCUUCCUCAUCUGGGACGUGGGAGGUCAGGACAAACUGCGCCCGCUCUGGCGCUCCUACACCCGCUGCACCGACGGCGUCGUGUUCGUGCUCGACUCGGUCGACGAGGAGCGCAUGGAAGAAGCGCGCCUCGAGUUGCAGCGCGUGGCGCGCGAGAACCCGGGCGUGCCCCUCCUAGUGCUAGCCAACAAGCAGGACCUGCCCGGUGCCAAGGAGCCGCGCGUCAUUGAGCGAUUGCUCGGCCUGCACGAACUGUCGGCCAGUCACUUGUGGCACGUACAGCCGGCCUGCGCCAUCAUCGGCGAAGGACUGGACGACGGCCUCGAACGGCUCUACGACAUGAUCGUGCGUCGGCGCCGCCUCGCCAAGCAGGCAAAGCGCAAGCCGCGGUCCUAAAAAAAUUUGAGCCCUGUGGACUCCCCCGAGGUUGAAUGUGCGUGUGUGUGUAUGUGUGUCUAUUACGGGCCUCCGCUGCUGCUGCCCUCCAGUGACGCUGUGUACUGUUGCGUGCAUGUCGCAGCGGCGUGGCCCUCGCUUGAUCCGUCGUUAAUAUUUACCUCGCAGGGUGGCGCCACCUGACCGGAGCGCGCAUAGCGACGGCAGGCUUGCCCGACAAAGAACAAGAAAAA